GAACUUUUGGUCUGUGGUUUUGGCAACCCAAAAUUUUUUAUUUAUUUUAACCUAGAAAAAUGGAUAAAAGUUUGACAUGAGAUUAACUAAGAAACCUGAGAUUAUUUAACUUUAUUUCUGUUUAAUUUUAUGAACAAAGAACUAAGGAAAAUGAAUAAAACUGAACUAAUAACAUUACUAUCCAAUUUAGAAGUAUCAACAUUACCAGAGGGAGAACUUUUGAAAAAUUCCUCAGUAAUAUUUGGAGAAAAAAAUACACAAAUAUGUACAGAGUUAGAUUGCGAUUAUGACCAAAUUUCAUCAAGUUUAGAAAAUAUUACAAAACAUUAUUUCUCGAAUUCUGCAAUUACAGAAUGGACAUACUUGUUAGGAAAUUUUUAUGUUUUAAGACAAAUUACAAUUACCUUACAAGAUUCAAAGCAUACCGAAUUACUUAGUGUAAAAGAAAUUGCUAAAAUAAAGAAAUGCGUAGUGUCUUUAGUUAAAAUUGGCAUAUCUACAAAAUUGUUACCGAAUUUGCCUUUUGCUGUUAAUGAAACUUAUACAGUAACUGACGAUAUAUUUUAUCAGUAUAACAUUUUAAAAUGUACUAUUUUAGCUCUGACAAACUUUUUAAAAAGUGAAAGUCUUCGAGUUAUUAUACUUACCAAUUGUUUAGGGGUUUUAUUAUCUGGUCUUUAUCAAAUUGCUUUUUGUCCUAUAAAGAAAGAACUAAGUACCCAAGAUAUUUAUAAUAGACUUAUAAAUGAAAAACAAAUGACACUGAAAAUACUACAGCAAUUAAAGGAACAUAUUCAUCCGAAUAUUUAUGUUAAAGAAACUAUGAUAAUUUUUCAAAAAAAGUCACCACCAUGGUUUAAAAAAGCUGUUUCUCAAACACUAACAAAUAUCCUAUUUUCACCGAAUGGAGUUGAAUCUGUUGCAGUUGCAAUGCUGUUAAAUUUUGGUAAUGAUCAAACUAAAUCAUGGAAAGCAUUAGAUAUUUUAUAUCGACUUCUUUCAAGUUGUAAAUCAUUACCAAAUUUUAAAGACAACAUAUGCAAACAGAUUCUUGGUCUUUUAGAUAAAACUACCGAAGACAGUUUGAUUCUUGAAAGAUUGUUUAUAAUUUGUACUAAACGAUUUUAUUUUGAAUGUCACGAAAUUGGGAAGGAUGUUUUUUUGAGAAAAGUAAUCAGUGAGUUGUUAUUUUUUACAUGUAAAGAAUUCAAAUUUGAAAAUGUAGCUUGUACGGAGAAACUUAAGAAAACUAUUAGACUUUUAUUUGGAAUUUUUGUGGAAAAUACUGUCGAUUAUGCUUGUCUUCCUAUAGAAAUAAUAAAACCAGUUUUAAGUGUGAUAUUCAGGAUAUUUGCUUUAACAGUAAGUAGUAUUUUUAAGACAACUCAUAAAGAAACUAGGUUAUUAAUACAAAAAUAUCUUGAAAGUAAUAAUAAUGAUAUUGUUGUAUUUGAUAGUUUAAUUUAUGGUAUUAAUGCUCCUCAACAAAUUUUAUCAUUCAGAAAUGAUAUAGAAUUAUUUAUAGAAACAAAUGAAAUUGUUGUAAAACACGCAGAACACUCUGUAGUAUACUCAGUAUGUAAAAAUUGUGAGGUAGUUGUAAAUUUAUUAGAAAGUAGGAAAGAUUUGUUAAAAAAACUAUUCAUAUAUUUAUUAAAUUGUCUUAAUAAUAAACAAAAAUAUUUUCAAAGAAGCGAUGACAGACUAUUAACUUUGGAAAAUGAAAUAAUGAAUGAGUAUUUCGAACGAUACUUGAGUGUAUAUAAAUUAUUAUCAACACUAGCAGAAGACAAAGAUAUUCAAAAGCUUAUAGUGGAGUCACCUCAAGAAAUUAUUGUGUUUAUUAAGCAAAUUCUAGAAAAGUCUCAAGAAACUGGUGUACAUAAAAGUUCUAAAUUUGAGUGUGACGAAUUUCAAACCCUUUUUACAGUUAUUUUGGUGUUGAAUGCAUUAAUUGGAAAUACUUCCAAAAUUAACAAAAUGUUUGACGAUUUAAUUGAACCUCUUCAGACAAUUUCAAAUGAAACAAAGCAUUCUGAAUUAAGAACUCUGAUCGAGCAAAUUCUAAAUAAUUUAAAGAUCGAUAAAUCAAAAUCCAGGAAUAUAGAUAAUGGAGAAAAAAGCACCUUAGAUGUUGUAGUUGAGGAUAUUUGUGAUCCAUUGUUGCCAGUAAGAGGCCAUGGUUUAAUGGCACUUAAAAAGUUGGUGGAAAAAAAGGACCCUUCAGUUGUAAAAAGGAUGCAAUAUGUUCUCACAAUUUUUCAGCAAAACGUUAAGAAUGACGACUCCUUUAUAUACCUCAGCGCUAUCGAUGGUUUGACCGCCAUGGCUGAUGUUUUUCCUGAUACGGUCCUGAAUAUUUUAUGCGAAGAGUAUUCAGAUUUCACCAAAAAGGAUAAGGAUUCAAACGAAAUUAGGAUGAAACUAGGAGAAGUGUUAGUUAGAGUGACGAAAAUCUUGGGUGAAAUGGCGCCUAAAUAUAAAUCGUUACUAUUAAACACCUUCCUGAGCGGUACCAAAGAUGAAGAUCAUCUAGUAAGAGCAUCGGCACUGUCAAAUUUAGGAGAAAUUUGUCGGGUGUUGGGUUAUAAAUUGGGAUCGGUUGUUACUGAGGUGCUGGUAUGCGUCCACGCGGUCAUAACGACGGACAAGGCUCCCGAGGCGCGCAGAGCGGCCGUUACCGUUAUCAGACAGCUGCUGGCCGGCCUGGAAAGCGAAACGAUCGCCUUCCUCAAGGAAGACAUCCUGCCGAUUUAUCGCACCCUCAAGCAGAUCUAUCGCGACGAUAAGGAUGACGUCAUGAGGUUACAAGCUCAACUGGCAUUGGAAGAAUUAAACGAAAAUAUGAAAAAUUUCGUGUUUCCCAAACCACAACUGAGUAUGGAGAAAAAAAUAAUUAUGCUGGACUAAAAUUGUAUAUGAUAGAAAAAAAGGUAAUUAAUGGGAAACUGGAAAUCGUCCGAUUUUCACCAAAAUUGGUAUACACCCUAUUUUGAGGUCGCAGAUUACGAAUCUGAAUUGGUCUUUUUUUCUUGGCGGUCUCUUACCGUUUUUCAG